AUGAACGUUAUGAGAACAAUUGCUGCCGAUGGCGAAAAACCUCACGUACCAACUGUAUUCCAUGCCGCUAAACGGCGACGAUUUUGUUAUAUGAUUAUGACAUUACUCGGAGAGAACUUAAAAGAGUUAAAGCUGAGUUGCCCAAAGGAGUACAUGACCGCAAGAACGUGGACCCGGAUAGCGAUUCAGUGCCUAUAUAGCGUUAAAGUCGUCCACGAUUACGGCUUUGUGCAUCGCGACAUCAAACCGAACAAUUUCGUUAUGGGAUACCGAGAGGACUACGAAAGAGCGCGAAUUGUACACAUUCUUGAUUUCGGGCUAUCUAGGUCAUACGCGGUAAAGCAGAAAGACGGAAAGUGGGUUCCAAGACGAGCACGAGGUACAGCCGAAUUUCGGGGCACGCUACGAUACUGCUCACCAAAUGUGCACGAAAAGAAGGAACAG